GUUCAAAGACACUUUGUAUAAAGUAAAGGUUAAGUUUAAAUUAGAGACAUUCCCAUCCCAAGGUUUAGAUGUCAGUCAGGUUGAUGCCCAUAACCAAAUAGAACAAGUGUUCCGUGCAGUGUUGUAUAUAAGUGAACGAAAUAAGACGCUUAAAACCAUAGCAACACCAAACUUUCUUAUCAGACCAUACAAAAUCCCGUGGUCUUUCCCGCGGAAAUGUGAUGAUUGUAUAUUUCAACAAAAUGGAAAGUCUUUGAAAGUAUUUGACCACAUGUUUGAGUUUCAUGUAAGUAAUAUAGAGGAUGAUUCUAAAGAAAGAUCAUGUGAAGAGGUAAUAACAACUGUAGAUAAAAGGUCACAGGAUGGUGUUGGUCAAGGUCAGUCAGGAAAUGUGGCAUCUAGAUCAGCUGUAGUUAUGAUAUCUGAUAUAAAUUCAGCUGGCCCUGUAAGAUUUGGACGAACAAAAGACGGCCAACUGUACAGAGUUUGCACUGGCAGUGCACAAAUGAAUCAGACAGUUACUAACAAUGAUCAAAAAGUGAAAGCUGAGAUGAAUAAUAAGGCAGUAAUUAGAAGUGCUAAUAAAAGAAUAGAUAAUUCAAAGAAGUUAGAAAAUAAAUCAAAAGUUAAAGGCACCAAGUUGAGAAAUGAUGAUGCUGUAAAAGAAAUUGAGAAAAAUAAACUAGAAUUGUUAAAUGGAGAUAAAAUUAGUGGUGAUAUACAAAACAGGUGUACUGAUUAUGCUGACAGAAAAUCUAGAGGGAAAGACAAAAGGGAAAAUAUUGAUGUUGUCAAGUCAAAGUCAUCUAGAGAUAAAUAUAGUUUGAGAGAGAGCGAGCUGAAGGCGUUAGAUUUUGAAAACGUUCAAGAGUGUAGACUUAGAAGCAGGAAGGGAUCUGGUGAGAGAGUUUUAUCUUGUAAUGUUAGAGAGGGUACAGAUAAGAGGAAGGUCAUAGAUAAUGUAAGUGGGUCAGAGUCUAGUCAGGCUGAGGCAGAAGCCAGAGAUAGAGACAAUGGUGAAACUACUUAUAGGACUGGAGUUAGAACUAGACAUGGGAGAAGAAAAACAUUGAAAUUUAGUAAAGGCAAAAGAAAGCAUAAUGCAUUGAAUUCGAGAAAAGGGGUGAUGUUGAACAAAAAGAGAAAAUUGGAACAUACAGAUUCUGAAUCUGAUCUUGAUGUUGGUGUUAAUGAUGUUGGAAGAGUAUUACGUAGAUCAGGUAAACUGUAUACAUCAAGCUUCAUAGCAACAAAAAGUGGAAGUAAAAACAGGUCUAGUCCAAGAAAGUCAAGCUCUCCAUUGACCAGUUGUGAAGGUGAAAAUCAACCAAGUCCAAGAAAAUCAGGUGCAUCAAAUAAGAGGAGAGUAGAUAUCAAUAAUAGGAGAAGUGAUGAAGAAACAAACUCAGUAUCAUCAAGUCAGGAAAGUGGUAGAUCAAAAAAGAUAAAGUUGUAUCGUGGGAAACAUAGUCCACAAGUCAUUGCACAUCAAGGGGUAAAGUCAACUGUUGAGAUUUGCAGUCCUCAAGUAUCCACGGUGUUACCACUGAAGAGAUGUCAGGAAGCACUUGAGAGUCACAUA